UAUAAUUUUCGACGCGAUCAGUUCCACACGUGCCGUCGUUUUUCAGUGCUGAAUAAACAUCCGAUUUUGCCAAAAGUUACUUAUUCACGACAACAAGAAUUCGCCAACAUGAAAUGCGAUAGUUGUGGAGAGAAAGAAGCCGUCCUAGAAUGUCCUGAAUGCCAGGAUGAAUCUGGGAAUCCGAUACCCAUGUGUGAGGAAUGCAGCGAUACUACACACAAAGCGAAUUGGAGAUCACAGAAGCACGGAGUGUACUACUUUGCAAUCAAGGAACAACAGAUUUUGAUGAAGGAUUGGCCCGCUGAGUGGAAAAGUAAGAGACAAAGGAUCAAUCGAAAGAUAAAGGAGGUGGAUGAAGCAAAUGGAGAAUUGCGCUGUCGGCAAGGUAUUUUGGAGCAGCAGGUGAAAGAUGAAGUGAUGAGACUUCAACAGAAGCUGAAGCAAAGGGGUAUUGAGGUGAUACAGAAGCUAAAGGCUAACACCAAUAACAAGAUGGCUUGGUUCAAAGAGUUCAAGGAGAAGAACCAGGAGAAUUAUGAUGCUAUCUACAACAUGGAGAGGGAGAUCAGUGAGCUCAUGCAUACACAUGAUAUUGAGGGAUUCCCUGACAGAUUCACUGCAUUGGAAGAACAGACAAAGACGAUAUCAUGUGAUGGACCAAACCUUGAGGAGGAAUGUCCAAAACUUGCCAUGCUCACGAAUCUUGAAUGUCCUGAUCUUGAAGCAGAGAUAGAAAAGCUUUACUCUGAUGUUGAGGUUUUCCCCGCACCGUUGAAAUCCUCUGAUAAGCCAGCUCCAGUUGACCAAGUGGACAACGAAGUAUUUGUUUCCUUACAAAGCAACGUUACGGCAGCUGGUAUGUUCUGGCUCCAGCCAGAGUUAUCAAAGGAGACGUUUGCCCAGUUACUCAGUAUCAGUUACUGCAUCAGAACUGCUUGCAUGCAAGCGGAGGACUGGAUAUCAUAUGGUGAAAUGAAUGAAGCACCAAAGGUUGGUGACUUGUGCUAUGCACGAAACACAAAUGACAAGAAAUGGUAUCGUAGUUUGGCAUUGGAACCUAGUCAAAGAAUGGCUAAUGAAACAAAUGUACGAUUUCUUGACUUUGGCAACCAGCAACAUAUCCGAAACGAUGACAUACUGCCAUUAAAGGAAGACCUUGAACUUCCUGAUAUUCCAUUCCAGGCUAUGGAAUGCUCAUUAUAUGAAGAGGAGAAAACCUUCAAAAUGGAUGCACGUUGGGCCAUGGUAGACCUUGUCAAGUCUGAACGGCUAAAGUGUAAAUUCAAGAGCAAGAUUGAACAUGAUGGUCGUUCUGUCAAUUAUGUUGAUCUCCUUGUCGUCAAACCAGACGGCAGUGAGUGCAGUGUACGCGAAUUCAUGGACAAGAAGUUUGAAGAUGCUAGUAAGGGUGGAGGAAGUCAGCCAUUUGCAUCACGUGACAUCCGUUUGUUGGAGGACCCCCACAUGUUCGAUAAGCCCAAGGAUAGUGAGGAAAAGAAAGGACAUGAGGGCCGCGCCACUGAGAAAUCAAGUGAGAAAGAACCUGGGUGGAGGGAACGCAGAGCUCGAAGUAGAAGCAGCUCACGAUCCCGGCGUGGCAGUAUUAACCCUGAUGUGAUAAAGGCUGCGGUUGUUGAUUCAGGUGAUGCACCUCCAGUAAAUGCUUGUGCAGAUUACCCUGAACCUUUAAGUCCAGGAAAUGAUGUCGAUGAUCAAAAGGAGGCUAUCACACAACAAGAGCACAAAUCUGUGGAAAAUGAAGCAGAUUCUCUUCCAAACACUGAACCAACAACUGACGAACAAGUGACUGACAAUAACAAAACUGAAUUGGGUUCUAUCCCAAAUGUCCCAGAGAAAGAAGCAGUGGGCAGUAAUGACUCUGCAACUGAUUUUGUCCCAAAAACUGAGAAAGUGAUUGAGAAACUAACAGCUUGCAAUAAUGACACAGUAUCUGAGUCAGUUGAGAAGGCUGCAGCUAGAGAUAACAACAAAACAGCCGAAACUAUUGGGGCUGAUUCUGAGUCCAGUGAAAAGACCGAACGGGUAUCUUUGAAAAGAAAGGCAGAUCUGAUCGAAACAGAAUCUGAUGGUUUAGGGGAAGAUGAAUUCUUUGAUGCUGAGGAAGAGAAGCCAGAUGAAGCAGAUGGUGCUGUUGUCUCAUCCGAAGCCAUACAAGUUGGAGAUGAAGCAACAGAGCCAGCUUGUGAUGAAAGUGUAAAAACAGGUGUUGAGCCAAAGUGUGAUGGGCAAGAAGAUACUGACAGUGCUUCAGCAGAUCCAGAAUCAUCCGAGGAUAAAACGUCUGCAGAAGUUCCCACAAUCUGUCUUGAGAAUGGAAACGAUAAUGCAGCUGCUAUGAUAAAAUGCUGUGAUAAAACAGAUGAAACUGUAUCUAGUCAUGAAAGCCCAUCUGAAUUGACGUCCAAUCAUACCAGUGCUACUCAGGCUGUUGGUGCACCUGCAGAUACGCCGGUAGAUAGUGAGGACGUCGGUCCAAGAUCUGAUGCCACUGCCGCUGUUGAGCCCGCUGAAGAACAGGAUCCAGAGGCAGAGGAAGAAUACCAGAAACAACUAGCAAGGUUCCACGAUGACAGUAAAGUGUAUGGACUUCCCAACUACCCCAAACUUACAGGACAAUUCAUAAAGCUGACCAUUGACCAUCCUCUCCAGAAGGACGGCUCAUUUUGGGCGUGUUAUGCUUGUGAGAAUACGGAGCAACAAGAGGAGAUCAAGAAAUUCAACGAUGACCUUAUGGAGUCCGUGCCAUAUGCUAAUCCCUGCACCAACCUACAAAUGGGUUCCUUGAUUUUGGCUAACUUCAAGAAAAAGUGGGGAAGGUGUCGAGUAAUUGAGAACAGUGAACAGGCGAAAUGUAAAGUUCGGUUCCUGGACACUGGCAUCAGUGCACGACUGCAAAGAUCACAAUUGAAAUAUCUACCUAGUUCAUUCUUCAGUUCCACACACCAGGCUGUUCAUUGUAGCAUUUACCAGGGUGACAUUGCUGCUUUCUCUAAAGAUGCAGUGAAGAAGUUUGCUGAUCUCACUCAUGGCAAGGAGCUCACAGCACAAGUUCUAAGGAAGGAUGGUGAUUUCUUGUAUGUCAAGCUUUUCUGCGACUCUGAUGUUGACGACCUCAUGGAUAUAAACAAUCUUGUACAUGAAGAAGAGAAAAAGAAGAAAGGGAAACGUACACCACGAACUUCGCCAAGACAAGAUGCUCGUUGUGGUUACGGUGGCACUGACCAAGAAUACACACAGCAGGGUCGAGGCCCGCCAAAGAUCCUCCAACCAGUUAUGCCAUUUGGUGCUAAUCCUCAACUAUAUCAGCGCCAAGGCCAGCAGGCUCGAACCCGAGGCCCUGUGGUCCCUGAUGGUGUGCCCCAGUAUAAUCCUGGGGUGUUCCAGUGUGAGAACUAUGGCUUCAAACCUGGUUCUGGUCCAGUGUAUAUGGUGCCCUCAAUGGGACAGCAGCAAAAUGAUGCGGCUGAUUGGCCAUCAGAGGGAGAAACUAAUAUGAUGGAUGAGAUGUCUCCUCGUGAGUAUGGCUUCAAUGAGUCUGAGGAUGGGAGCAGAGGAUAUUCUGGUGGGGACGCCCGUUUGAGUGGUGAUGUCCGGCUCGACCAGACAUAUCAAAGUGAUGGCUUGGACCAACAGAAUGGGGAGCAGAGGAACGAGGGGAGUCCUGGCGACGAGGAGAACAGCAGCUGGCGGAGAAAUGAUGGAUAUCGGCAGCGAGACCGUGGGACCAGGGGCAGGGAUGACCUCUAUGAUGGUGGGAGGCGCAGAGAUGAUGUGCGUGAUGGGUAUGGUGGUUAUCGUGAUGGCGGACGAGACGGGUAUGAAGGUGGUGGCAGACGGAAUGAUGGAAAUCGGCGAGACAAUAGGCAGGGAGGGCGGAGAGACAAUCGUCGAAGUUCGUAUGGCAACUCUCGCAAUAGUGGCAACAAUAGAAGGCAAUCCUAUGAGGGAGCACAACGUGGCUGUUUUAAAUGUGGAGAUCCGAGUCAUAGGAAAAGAGACUGUCCUGCCUAAUGCACAAUAGAGAUGAUGUAUAUACAAACCCUAGUUUGGAAUGUAUUGCCGAGCUGGCCAUCGUAGACGUGUGUUCAAUUUCUUUCUCAAUGAUGAUGAUCUGCAGAGGACCAGUAGCAAUAGCUGCACAAAGAACUUGUUGACCAUUGUCAGCCUCACCUCUGUUAUUCUUUAUUUACUACAUGCAAACCCCUUUAUUUUCACUAGCCUAUAAUUUGGUUCAAGAUGUUCAGAAAUGUUGCAUAUUGCUCUCAUAUUCACAAUUGCUGUUGAAUUUUCAUCAAACCUACCACAAUUCGAUUGUUACAUCACAUCCCAGCUUUUCAAUCAAUUCAAAAAUUCAUUCCAACCACAACCGCUCCAGAAAAAGGUACGAUGUUCCAGCAUAGGUAAUUUUACUACACAUAAUUUACCCAGGGGUUUCGUGCCAUUGAAGAAAUGUCAUGAAAAAUGACGUAGCACAAGCUCCAGACGCUCUGUUGCAAGUAGCCUGAUCAUGACGCCCAGUUAGCAUAGGGGCUUAUAUCCUGCACAAAAUCGUCAUUUUCUGAAGCGGUUUUUUUGAAUUGAUUUUAAGCUGCAACAUGAUGCAUGAUUUGAGGUAGGUUUGAUUAAAAUCCGAGAGCAGUUGUGAAUAUGAGAUCGAUUUACAACAUUUCUGAACAUCUUGAACCAAAUAAAUGAUGUUUUCACAGAAGAAGGUACAAAUUCAGAAAUUUAAGGGUGUGAAAAUGUUUUAACCUCAUGGUUUUAUCAUUGGAAAACACACCCAUUUGAAAAUACACUUAGAAUUUGCUUAUCACUGUGCCCAAUGCUCAGUCCAACUCCUUCAGACUCGGAUCUUUGCCUGAUGACUCCAACAUCACUACACUGUAGAACAUGUGAGGGCCGGCUGAUAUUGUUGCUUGAUUAAUAUCAUGAAGGGGUUUGCAGUAUUCAGGCUCCAGUGGUUGUACUAUUCAAUGGGGCCUCGUUCGUACUUGACUUCAUUUUGAGUUUUGUCAAAGAGUGAUGUGGCUUUCAGUUAAUGUUCACACCUCCGUCCCAUGUGUCGGGACAGAGGAGUUAACAUUAAUGCUCGAUUUCUUCAGGAUACUGUUUUGGUGAUAACCACUUUACUCUGCAUGUGUUCACAUAUCACUGUGAAGUGCGUCUGUACUCAUUCAUGAAUUUAUAUCAAUUUUGUUUGUACUUUGUGUUGUGUUGGUUCUUAGUCAUGUUAGUGUGAGCUGAACUCAGGAUCAUGUCGUGUAUUAAGUUUGUAGUCAUUUGAAUGGAGUUAAAACUAAUCCGAAUCGCAGUGCACAGUUAUAAAAGGGAAUACAUUGCUUCUAAUUUCUUCCGUGGGAGGUCGGGUGUUUCCUUUCAAAUUUGUAUUUUUGCAGAACUGAUAAUGUCCACAUUUUGUGCAUAAUGUCGGCACCCUGGAGAAACAAAAUCCUGAACUCCGAGCAUUUAGUUGAAUUAGAACUUUAUCGCGUCUUUGAAGGAAGGGAGUGCUGUUUUCCAAGACGCUCAAGCGAGGGACUCGGCAUUAAGGAAUACCAGACGAAUCGGAAACUGAACUUGGCACUUAAUGCAUCAGGAUUUUGAUUCUCCAGGGUGUGUCGGAGGGGUUCAGUAUAUAAAGCAAAAUUUUUUAUUUCAACUGUAAAAUUGUGAUAGAGUGUGUUGUAUAUGCAACCAAGAAUGAGAAACUAUAGUUGUUUUUUAAAGGUGUACACCGUUUGUUAUUACUACUGGUCCAGGAAAAUAGAAAUGCAUUUAUACACAAUGCCGUAAGGCAGUAAUCUUGCAUGCAACUUGGCUAAAACUAUGUAUGUAGAGUAUUUGUAUAUCUGUCUUCACAACCGCAAUGUUGAUGCUUUUAUUCAGUACCAAUUAAGGGAAUUGGAAAUUUUCAAAUUCAAUUACCAAUGUUUAAUUUUCAAUGAACAGCGUAGGCCUUUAAGCUUGUGCUAGACAAAACUUUAUUGCACAGCCUUGGAACAGACUGCAUCCACUGCAUUUGUUGUCGGUAGAAUACUGAACUUGCAUGUUUUUCAGAUAGAUUUCACACAAGUUUGAGAAAAGGCUAGCUUCCAUGAAGAAGUACACGUGUCGAAAUCAAAUAUCCGUGUUUACCGCCGACCGCUUCAGUGGUCGCUAUAAUAAACCUUUGUGUGUCUUGUUUGGUAUGAUCUGGCUCGGCUCUACUGGUGUAUAGUGACACAGGCAUGUUGUCUGCAACCUACCUACUUGAACUAAGUCGUAUAGAUGGCGCUGCGGUGGCGGCGAGGACGGAGGUUUUGCCAGAUGCACAUGGCUGCACAAUAAUUCCAAAAAAGUCCCCGGUAUGGAACAGUUCGAACAUGUUAUUGCUAGUUUCAUUGUUGUAUCAGGGUUAUAAAAAACAACUCAAUGAUGUCAUGAUGUCGCCUCCUUGUAGGACAUUGCAGUGCAUCGAUCUGCACAAAGAUGAUUGCUGCACGAAAGGCUCAUUUGGCAUAAAUAUCAGGCAACGCUGAUAAGUCCAUCAGUUUGUUAAUGAUGGAAACUAAUUCUGCAGUGUGGAAGGUGACAGGGCAGCCAACAGCUUGGUAACAUUGUCUUUAAUUACCCACUUGUGGAAGGUGACUGGGCAGCCAACAGCGUGGAAGGUGAUUAGGCAGCCAACAGCUUGGUAACAAUGCCUCUAAUUACCCACUUACUCCUUGAGCCCCUUCGUUUCAAGGUGUUCUCCGGUGUUGCAUUUUAUAUGGCAUCAUUCAUGGCUUUUAACCUGACAUCAUAUGCCGUACAUUUUAAGUUAGAAUGCAGGCCAUGAAAAGUUUGUGCAUCAGGCUGUCACCUCUUAUACUGCUUUUUCAUCUCUGAAGUAUUAUUUUUCACACCUUCUUUGUUCGGUAAGAUAUAAAGUUGUCAGUCUUUGAGGAGCUGAUGCAUUUGUUUAUAAGUACUAUUCUCCAGGUUUGCAUUUACAGUGGAACCUCUCUUAAAGGGACUCUUGCAAGGGUCAAAUGUUGUCCUCAGUAGAGAGGUCUCCUGAUUACAGAGGAUAAAUUGAAACAACCUAUUUUGGAACCAAAAUCAGUGUCCUUAAUAGAGAGGCCGACCUUGGCUGAGGGAGUGUCCACUGUAUAAAUAACUGUCUUUUUUCCAUUACAAUCAUUUGAAGCUAUACUCAAAUGACUCGUCCCAAUUCUGAAUCAUGUCAAUAGCGAAAGGCAACUUUCAUAUAAUAUCUGGUAUGGUUAUGAAAUUAUCAUUAUUACGAAUGUUAGUUACUACCUUCCUGUAUGAAAUUCGCAGUAGAACACUCCUUGAAAUAGGACAGCACAACUUUUUCAUCAGUCCCUAAAGGAGGGUUUUCUUGUUUUCUGUUCCAUUGUACAUGUAUACAUGACCUGCCAGAAAAUAGCAGUUAACAUGGCUGCAGGGCAGUUUACACUAGACACAUAAGACGUGCAAUAAAAAUUUGGCAUCAGUAGAUCAUAUCCAGAUUGAUCGACACACAACAGUACAGUUUGAAUUCAUAUUCAUUGCAUGCUUAAAUAAUUGGAAAAUUUCAAAUUGAGGAACCAACCGACCUUGUCGUUAAAACUGUUUUUCUGAAUACUUUUUGGUCUUGUUAGGAGUAGUAGUAGUUAGAUUUAUAGAGUAGUGAGAGUUUCACGGCCAGCACUUUUGUUCUCUUGAUCGAGUUCCUGCUCGGGUGGCUUUUCUUGGGGCAUCAGAAAAGCGAACCACAUUUUUUUUGAAUGUACCUCUUUGCAGAAACUCGGAAAUAAUUACUGGCGCUGGGCUGGCAUUAUCUUCUGCUACUUCAAAUCGAUGUACCAAUUUUUAUUAAUGACAUACAUCAAGAAUUGAUAAAGACUAGUCUUUAUUAAUUCUUGCUUUCAUGUAUCCUUUUCAAACACGAGCAUCUCCUUUAUUCUGUGCAGAUGAUCUACUGUUUGUAGUUUGUUCAUCUGUAUCAGUGCUUAUCUAUCUCUCAGAGUUUUCUGUAAAAAAAUAAGAAUUCGGCAUCACAAAACAAUACUCAGUGCAUUGCUGUAAUUGGAAAAAAUCUGAUCACAAAAAUCUGUUAUGUUUGAGGUUUUAGAUUGCUGUUGUAGGGUGUACUUAAAUCUUUUGAUAUUGUUUUAUUCGUCAUAUCUUUGAGAGCACAUGUGGGUUUCAGUAUACUUUUUGUUCAGUGAUCUGCAGAAAAGGAAAACAUCAACUUCCAUUUUCAUUUAGUUAACUGUCAUUCAAUGCCACACGAGUGCCAGGUUACUAAGCCAAUAGGGGUGAAAUAUUUGAUUAUGUAUUUUGGAGAGAAAUGACCUGAAGUAUUUUGAAUUUGUCGAUCAAGAGGUGUGAAUACAUUUCUUUUUCAUUCUUUGCCAGCUUGGGUUUGUUUUUCUGGCCAGUAAAGUUGAUUUGAACAUUGAAAGUGCAUUAGAUUAAUCAACAGCAGUUGUCUUACGAAGAUCACUUUGGCCAUUGUAUUAAAUUGCAUGUCUUGCUCUUGAAAAUAUUAUCUCUUCUAUCUUAUUGAAAACAAGCUGAUAAAUGCCUUUGGAUAUGCAUUGAACUUAUUUUUAUGAUAAAAACCCUUUCACUGGAGAGACAUUUUUCAUUCACCAUUGGAAUAUAAUCAGUUUCUUGCGGUGGGUGGGGGGCAGAGUGGUUCUGAAAAAUGAAAUGAGUUUGUUUCUUUUGGCCUGGCAAUCUUUUGCUUGAAGGCUAAUAAGAGGAUCCCUGUUCCCUUUUAUUGGAAAGUGCCUGAUGCUACUGCCAGUGGACUGAUUAUUCAAAAGGGGUCAGAUUUACCAAGUAUGAUAAGAAAACGUUUGGGAAGCUGGACCUGUCGGCACUCGUCUGCUUUGUCAAAAUGAUAUCGCGAAUCAACAACAAUAAAUAACAAUUAGCCUUAUUGCAGUCUGUUGAGUAUCAACUAGGGCACAACUGUACUUUCUUUAUUCCUGAUGUCUGUUCAUUAAUGUUUGUUCAACAUGAUUUCAGAAGUCACAAAUGCUCUUACCUUUUAAAGGCCCAGUACUUCUACUAAAAAUAGACUUAUAAUUCAAUGAAUGGUAAAUUGUGAGGCAAUCCGGCAAAACCUCAAGGAGAAUGUGUGCAUCACAAGAAAAACAUCCAAAAUGUCUGCUUUUGUGGUAAAUGUACUUAACCCCUUGAACCCCGAGCUCCCAGACACAAGUGCACCCCCACCCCGGGCUCCUGAACCAAAAUUCACAAAAAUGGUAAAAUGUGUGUAAAAUAUUCUAGGACAUAAAUGUAUUAUUCUUGUAUAAAAUAAGAGGUAAUGAUAAGCUCUACUCUAUUGUUGCUGUCUAGUUUCCCUGAACUCUCAUCCGUUGAACGUGUGUGUGACGAGGGCAAUCCAAAUGUUUCACAAGCUGUUUCUUUGCAGUCCACAGAAAAAAACAUGUAGUGCAGUGUGAUUUCUCUCUAAAAAUGAUGGGAAUUUGAGUGCUUAAACAACCUCACGACAUUAAAAGAUAUCACUACCGUAAUUUAUUUAAUUGAAAACUUCAAAAAUUAUUUUUUUCCAACUUUUAUUGAAAAUUGUUCUCCUUUCCCAAGCUAGGACGGGCUGGCCAGCUCAGUGAAAUGAGAGGCCUGUCUGAAUCUCUGUAAUUUGGGAAAUGGAUUCCAGGGUGGUGACAGUCAUGAAAAGAAAAUGAAUUCACUAUAUUCCUACCUAGUUUGGUAGGGAUAUAGGUUUUCUUUUUAACCUGUGUCGCCCGAUCGGCUUCAAUAUCAUGUAGCAUAAAGGUGCUGGGUUGGAUAGGUCACCAAUUGAUAUUUGCCCAGAUCCCAAAAAACUGUAUGACUGCCAGGUGGCCAUGAUGGGUUUCGCAUUCUGGACUGUAACUGCAUGUCUAACAAGUGACUUGAUGGGUUUCACUUUCCUGUGGCAUUAUGCAGUGGGAGUUCAGGGGGCUAUCUCUUUAGCAUUGUGCACUAACUUUGUAAUGUGCCCUAUAUUAUCUUAGAAUCUGUGCUCGUUCGAUCGGAUAAGCUACAUUUGGUGUUGCCCUUGUUUACCUUUUUUUAAAAGUAUCAAAGAAAAAGAAAUAAAUAAAAUAGGUAGCGUGAUAAGACCAAAUAUUAUGGUUUGAUAUGCCAAGUUUACUCCUAAUAAAAUGUUGGGGUUAAAAGACAGCCUUGUUCGUCUUUCUAGGAAUAGACAAAAACGGCUCAUAACCCAGGAGUGUCUCUGUUAUAACGGGGGUUAUAUCAUAUCAUAAUUUCAAUGUGAGCAAAUGAACUAAUAUACUGGAUUUACUGGUGGGUUAUGUACUGAAUUAGCAUGAACGUACUGGGCCUCUGCGUGUUAAGCUGCAAGUUAGUUCAAUUAGAUCUCAAGGUUGUGCUUCUCUUUAUUUGUCAACAUGUUUUCUAUUUGUAAUAAAAUUAUUUUUGUGAUAUAAA